AGAUAUCCAAUAAGAGAAAGCCACGUGGAAUAUACACAUAAAAAAAAUAAUUCUGGAAUAUUUCCUUUCCUUCUCCUACCUGGAAAACAAUUUACACACCUAUUUCUUCAAUUUCUCUCUCCUCAAUUCUUGCAAAUUUCAUCUCUUCCUCUGUCCUUCAACUUUAAUCACCUGAUUUCGUUACCAAUUCAUCUUAAUCUUUCAUUAUUCAAGAAACCCUCUUUUCAAUUCACAAGCCCUAAUUUCCUCACUUAAUUUUCUUUGAUUACUCAAGUUAUGGCGUUCAGAGGUGGUGCUGCUCCUUUCAGAUCAAGCGAUGGGUUGAGUACUCGGCAGGUGGGAAAUUCAGAUGAGAUUCAAUUGCGGAUUGAUCCAAUGCAUGCCGACCUUGAUGAUGAAAUAAUUGGUCUUACUUCACAAGUUCGAAGGCUUAAAAAUGUAGCACAAGAGAUUAACUCAGAGGCAAAACUUCAGAGUGACUUUGUAGAUCAAUUGCAAAUGACCCUUAUCAAAGCUCAAGCUAGUUUGAAGAACAACAUGAGGAGAAUAAACAGCAGCAUUGUGCGAAACGGAUCAAAUCAUGUAAUGCACGUUGUUCUUUUUGCUCUUUUUUGUCUCUUCUUGGUUUACUUCUGGUCCAAAUUUUCCCGACAUUAAGCAACUGAGUCUUGUUACUCCUUAGAGAAGCUUCAAUUGUACUGUACAUCUUCCCGAGCAAAGAAAAUGAAGUUGAUUCUAGUUAUUUUCAAAAAUAUUAUCUUUCAGAUCUUUCUAAUUGUCAAUAUUUGCCGAAGCCUAUUUUCGGAUAAACUCUAUGAAUCUAUCACAUUGAUGCGAAACUUAUUGCAUAACUGAAUAUAUUGAGAGCCAAA